UUGUGAGUGUGUGCACCAAGGGGCAGCGACACAUUUAUAAAGCCAUAUUUCGCACAUGACUAUUAAAGACGGAAGAGGAAGUAGUUCCUUCCAGUGUAGACAAUCCGAAUUAUAUCAUUUCUUUCCACUCUGUAUCUGUUAACGAUAAACUACAAAUAGGGGAGGGGGCGUGUUUUAUAAGUAAGGUUUGAAGAGAGAGAAAAAAAAACAGCGGUUUGUUUACUUCCUAUAUGAACGGGAACCGCCCACAGAUUGGCUGAAUGAUUUCCGUGUGAUUAGUUUUUUUAUUGAAAAAAAGAGCGCCAUCAAUCAGCUAUUUAAACGAACCAUGUUUACUUUAAUGUAAAAUCGCAACAUAAAAAUCUAAACGAAUAAACAAAUGUCGGUUAAUGUAUCUGGCAGCAGUCUCGGCUCCUCCGCUGGUCCGGAAAACUCCAGAAAGUUCUGGAGCCGGUAAAGAAGCUUCACCGGAACCGGCGCGCUCAUUCAGAGUAGUUUCCACCGUGGUCGUGUUGGCGGUACCUGGCUGAGAGCUCGUGAGUAACUGACGGAAAACCUUUAAAAGAUAAACGUUCACCGGCUGCUCUGUUUUUACUGACACAUUGAACGUGACCGUCGCUGUUUAGUUACCGUUAAUAAUCUGUAAAGCGCUAACGUUUUAACUGGUUCACGGUACGAGCUGAUACAGCAACGUCACAUCAUUUUCUGCCGUAGUUUAAAACGACGGUAAACAAACGGAUAUUUGAGUAAAUCUCUACUGUGCAACGUAAACUAACUGGACUCCGUGACUUUAAUCCUGCGUCUAUUCCCUCCUCAUUCUUUGCUGUUUUAGGUUAAGCGCAAAUGGCUGUUCUAACGUUUUCGUGGCCCUGCUGGAUUCUGAUGCUCGUUGUCGUCGCCACCGCGUCCACUUUCGCCGGUGAGAUUUCGCCUCGGCGCCGAAGCGAACAAAACAAAUCACUCCGCUGACUGUGCAAACCUCUAUGUGUGAUUGAGUAUUCGGUGCCUUUUAUUGGUUGGAAAAAUGUUCCAAAAUCUCAAAGUUGUGGUCACGUCAUCGUAGAUGGCGCGUUGGUCGUAAGUUUGGAAGCCUUUGAAUGGAAGAGUCGUGAGUUUAAACACGGAGACUUCAGAUCGUUCCCUGCGGUGCUUACUUGUCAAACAUAUUGAGCCACAAACAAUGUUCCUGUCAAAAGGGAGAAGCUGCUAUCAAUUUCUGCUAAAAACUUUAAUAGACAUAAAAAUACCUUUCAAGUGGGCCAAUAUAUAACCUCUUUUUAAUUCUGUAAAGAUGUUUUAAUUGGCUGAAAAAAGGCAGGCACAAAUAUGUUUGCAAGCAGGGGCGCCUCCAGAAAUUUUCAUAGGGGUGGCCAUAUAGGGACCCCUAAAAACACUGGGCUUACACACCAACAACAGAAUUUCCAGUCUUAUUAUGCUUUUGUAAAAUAUAGGUUACUUUAAAAAUAUGGCAAAAAAAGAGAGAAAAUAAAUAUGUACUUAGUUAAUUUCCUGCUGUUAAAGUUGAUAUGACUAAAAAUAGGUACAUAAGAAAAAUUUUGAACUCAAUAAUAAAACCCUCUCUCUUGUGCUCAGUCUGCCAUUGCUAUAACAACAAAAGACUGAUCCAUUGGCGUGAAUGGAGAUAAUGCGACUCUUCCAUUUAACGGCUGUAGUAUCAGCUGAGUUGUGUAUUAGAUAUGAUGCGUUAUACUGUAUUAAAUCGCUCACGCCCGACAAGUUGGAAGGACGCCUCUUCUACGUCACACUGGAUGCUCUUAUUCACAGAGUUACGGUAAACUAGGCGCCACGGGAGUUCCACUGAUAUGUCCAAAUAUCAAACUGCAAUAUUUACUUAGGGAGUUUACACUCCACUGAUUAAAAAGGCACUUUUGAAAAGUUUUUUGAAAAUAUAUCACUUCAUUCUGUGCAACUGUGCAAAAAUUAGCUUUUCAGCCAGUUUCUGAGGAAAAGGAGUAUCAAGGACACACUAAGAAGAAGAAAAAUAUUUUCAUUUUGAAGGUUUUUUUUAAAAAAAAUCUAUGGAUUUAUCAAGCAAAAAAAAGUGGUGCUCCAGAGUGGAAGGAGAACGAACAGGAGGAUGACUGCAACGCUAGGACUUGGGAUUUGGGUAUUGAGGCCCAUGGUGGGUGUGAAACAUGAAGGAGGAGCACAAAAUCAUCACCGCUGGACCCGUCGUCACUCUGCCAUGUCAGCCUCCAAAUGACCGCUCCAUCCUAGCUGUAGAGUGGACAAGAGCUGACCUGGGCUAUAAAUACGUGGUUUUGUACCGGGCUGGACACUUUGACUCUGUCAUCGGGUUUAAGAACCGGGUGGAUCUGCAGCAGGGGAACAUCAUCAACCUGAGUGUUGUUGAUCCUCCAGGUCAGCCAGGAGGACAGAGUGGAGAUGGAGUGAACGAGGAUGGAUUUGUUGGACUGAGAGCUGGUCUGCCUCUUCCUGUGAUGUUCAUCAUUGCUGGUGUAUUUUUAAUUUACCGAAAACAUAAAAAACGCAGGCGUCACGGUUUGUACUAUCAUGUGUGAACUGAAACUCUUUGUUGCACUACAUGAAGCAGGAAAAUGGGAGCGGUUUACAGUGGAGAUGUGGCCAUUACUUUUAUUUAUUUUUUGCACAGAAGGACAACAGAGCAAUGCUAAACUGCAGUAUACUGCUAACAGAACUUUGGCUCUUUGCAGCCAUUUGCACAGACAGCAUGCUAACACUAAGUUAGCCAAUAACACAGAGUGUUGCUGAAGCUGGGUGUAUGCUGACCCCAGCCCAGCAGCCAGAGUCUGAACUUGAACAGGUAACAAAGGCAGAGAUGAUCAGUCAGACUUGAAAUUGGUGUUUCUACCUGUCCGUGUUUCUAUAGUAGAGCAGCUGUGGUGAUCACUUUGAAGUCAUCUUUGCUUUGUGUUGAAACCUGAAUAAUAAAAGAAAGAUCACAUGUGUGUCCUCAUUAGGACAGGGAGUUUUGUUGAUGUGUGGGACUCGAUGUAAUGACACCAAAGCUGGUUAUAAGACACAAACACAAGAAUCAAACUGAGCUGUUAGAGUUCAUGACAGAAACUGAGUAAUUUGUCAUCACAUGAAGUCAGAUUAUAUCAAGUAAUUAAUAGACAUGGAACUAUUUUUUUCUUCUCUCCAUUAAGUGUUUUCUCUUAAAGGUGAAGCUAGUUUUCCUCUCUAUGAAUUAUAAUGUAAAAUGUCCUGUUUUUACAGUUUUGUAAACAAAUCUUUAUAUUUUAUAAGCUAAUGCUAACAAAAACUGUUUCAUUUGUGAAUGUGAAGAUAUCCUGUAAGUUGUCAGAUUAAUGUAGCUAUUACAGUAAAAUGACUCUUUGCACAGAUAAAGCUUUACCUCCAUGUGUGAGUGAUCGAAGCAGAUGCUGUAUAGACAUGUUUGGAUUCACUGAAAGUCACAAGAACGUCUCGUGUGAUGUGCACAUUUAAAAACAGGGUCUAAACGGUAAAGAUGAUUUGGUAGACAGAGGAUGGAGGGUGAGUGGAUGGAUUGAUGGAUAUUUUUUUAUACAUCCAAAUAAGAAAAAAUGAUUAUAAUUAAGGAUUAAACUAUAUCACUGUACAUUCAUGCUACUGGAAGGAUUCAUUAAAUAGGAUAACAUCAAGUGAAACGCUACAUGUAUAAAGGCUACCUUACACCACAAAGCCACGCUCUAAAAAGCUUUCACAGAUUUAACACUGUCUGUGAAGCUGGAAAUAAAGUUUCUAUUUUUAGAGUAUGUUUGGCACCAUGUUGUGCAAGUACAGCAGGUGAUGUUACUGGGUUGGUUGGCUAAUAGACUUCUAUUCAUUUAUGUUAGCUAACCAGUGACAGAUCAGAUUACUUGGUGUAAAGCGAGAAGCAGUAAAAGGGUGUCACUUUUGUGAACCACCAGUGUACCUGACUCAACCUGGCUCUCCUCCUCACUCUUAAAACAGGUGGAUUUUCAUGUUUCAGUUCAGCUAGCCGAUGUUGAAGAAUCACCUGCUGCUAAAGAGAGUGAAAGUGGGCAGUAUAUCCUUGGUUUCUUAGUAUUAAAUAACUCACUGUUGCAGACAGGGACAGUACAAAAUCGUCCCCUUAGACUGAUUUUUAGUUUUAGUUUCCAUGUUUUCUGCUGAGUUAUUGGUUCUGUCAUUAUUUAGCUAACAUAAACUCAGGUAUGUCUUAUUAGUUGCAAGCAAUCAGCCAACCCAGUGAUGUCACGCUACUGACACAAGAUGUUUUAAAUCCAGCUCCACAGACAGUGUUACAUCUCUGACAGUCCUUGAGUGCAGGGCUUCAUGGUGUAAAUUAACCUUUACACGUGUAAUGUUUCAUGUCCACUUUAAAUACAAUGCAGGGAUUUAGUGUGACACAUGGCAUACGUCCAAGUGAACACAUUUACGUUAAUUACUUACAUAAAAGUCUUCUUAACUUACAAAGUUUUUCUAUCAGGCUCUAAAGAUGUCGUUAUGUAAACUUUAACAGAUUGACAGGUGACAGGAUAUGAUGUAUGCUGCUGUAGUGAAACUGGAAUGGGGUUUAAAACUUGUGAUUUUAACACAGAUAAUUUAUGCACUUUUUAAUUUUAUGAUGUUUAAGACUUUGAAAAAGUAUUUUCAUGAAGUCAGAGCUCCUAUCUUGAGAGCACAGGGUUAGCUUAAUGUGAUCAGAGGCUGAGGAGGGGGAGAAGCUCCACUUUAUCUUUGUGGUAAAACAUUUCACUGUGUUUAAAGACAUGAAUAAAAACUGUGUUAAAUCAAUGUUUGUGUGCUGACUGUGUUGUUUUCUGGUAGAAGGAAGUUUCAGGAGGAAAAGUUUUUAAAACUCAGAGAAGCUGUGCUGAGCUGUAUGUUCCUUCCAGGCAGACGCAGAUCAGUUAAGUAAAGACGGCUAAUGCCCAGGAGUGCAGGGUGCUGUCCUCAGACAUGCAGUUUUACUAACGCACAGACCUGAUAAACCGAGAGAGUAAGGAGCGCUCUUCCAACAAAAGGUCAAAGGUCAGUAAAUCUAACAUAAAAUCCAAAGCAAAGACUCGUAUAUAGAAAUGGUUAUUAGUGAUCAGACGUAAGUCUGAAUCUGAUUUUGGGACAUGUGACUGUGAAAGGGUUUUAAAAAACUGCUAAUUAAUAACCAGAUAAUACAGACCAAAGAGAAUUGAGGGAAACAUUUACAGGCUGGAUUAGAAAAAAAUCAAACAAAAAUUAAACAUCUUAUUUGGUCUCUUAUGACAGAAAAACGCUGAGCUCAGGCAUUUAAAGAAGACAUUAAGAUUAGAGACAUGUUGCCUCACACACUGACCACACAUUGGUCUUUUUGUAGAAAGUAUUUGUUAUUAGUAUCAUGUAGUCCAUCCCAAGCUUCUCAUUGACUCUUGAAACAAAAGGCAGUAAAGAGGAGAGGAGAAAAGUGUGACCGC